AUUUUAGCUGACCGGAAUAUCUAUCUACCUUGAACGGCAUAAUGUCGCACAACCCUGGCACAGCUCCGUUUGACAGUUUGUUUGUUUAUUUACUUUCAGGUUGCCGUUAAAAAAUCUAAAACUCGCCGCCGUACCGUAUUCCAGAUGAACGACACAACGCUAAAAUCGAUCGCAAAGAGCCUUGUUCCGGAAAAUUAUUUGGCCCUAGCGAACGAUGCACGCCUGGAACGGGAUAAAGAAAUCAAACUGCUGCUCGAACAGCGAAAGUUACCCACCUACGGAUGGAGCGAUACGAUGAUCGAAUACUUUGUGCGGGAGCUAGCCCUGCUGGACAGUAACAAUUUUCCCUCCCGCUGUGGUGUAGGCGAACGCGAAGGACGUGUGAUUUGUGAUCUCGUGCGCCGAAGGCAUUACAACUUUUCUCACGGCAUUGGACGUUCCGGAAAUCUAACCGAUGCACAGCCGAAAGCGGUUGGUUCAACGAUAAUGGCAAACCUAACGAACUGUCUGGUGCGCGAUUGGAUUCGAUCGGCUGGCAUUCCUACCUGUGCACGGGCGACCGUUAUUCCCGUCGCUACAGGCAUGGCCAUGAUGCUUGUUCUGCGAACGGUUCACGCCAAACGACCCGCCGCAAGCUACGUCCUAUGGUCCCGCGUAGAUCAGCAAUCGUGCUUUAAGAGCAUCCUGGCGGCCGGAUUAACGCCCAUCAUUAUCGAUUGCAUAGCGCACCAGGAAGACGUGCCAGGCGUUGCGAUAAAGCCCUUUGCCACCGACCUUCCUGCGUUUGUUUCGAAAAUUGAAGAACUGGGUGCGGAUCGUAUCUGUUGCAUCGUAUCCACGACGAGUUGUUUCGCACCGCGAAGCAGUGACGAUGUGAUCGAACUGUCCAAACUGUGUCAACGGUACGAUAUACCGCACCUGGUGAACAAUGCGUACGGUUUGCAGAGUACGUACUUUAGCCACCAACUGGCCCAAGGCGCACGGGUCGGAAGAAUCGAUGCGUUUGUACAAAGCACCGAUAAGAAUCUGCUCGUGCCGGUCGGUGGUGCGAUAGUGGCGGGAUUCCGACCGGAUACGGUCGAAGCCGUUGCGAAGCUAUAUCCUGGCCGUGCUUCCGGGUCGCAGUCGCUGGACGUGCUGAUGACGCUGCUAUCGUUGGGCAGGCGGGGCUAUGAAAAGCUAAUGACGGAACGAAAGGAGGCACACGCAAUGCUGCUGGAAGGAAUGGUCAAGCUGGCAGAAGCUCACGGUGAACGUAUUUUACCCUGUCGCAAUCCAAUUUCGAUCGCAAUGUCACUCGCAUCGUUUGAAGCGACUGCCGGUCGACUGGAAAUGAUUGGCUCUAUGCUACAGAAGCGUGGUGUAUCGGGUUGCCGUGUAGUGAGCACCGCGGACAGCAAAACCAUCGACGGUAACACGUUCCUUCGCUGGGGAUCGCACAGUUCGAGGUGCAGCGUACCUUACCUCACGGCCAGUGCCUCCCUGGGCAUGGAGCCGCAGGAUGUGACGAACUUUCUCAGCAAGUUGGACGGUGUGCUGCGUAAGUAUCGCACGAAGGAUAAGGGGGAUGGAAGCUAAAGAGCCCACGAGAUAAUUGGUUAGCUAUUUAUUAAAGAAACAACGAAAGCAACUACUUACAACAACUAAAUUCGCAAAUGGAAAGAACUUUGAAGAGCAAAUAACCGUUAGAAGUUUAGAAUUCGAGGUACGAGAGCACUAGCUACGCACCACCCCCCUUUUUACAGCCUAACUCCCGCGAAACGCACUGAUGCCGAACAAAAGCGGGUGCGCGCGAAACAAUGCGCACACACACAAACACGAAGCGAAUGAACUGUGAGAGAAUGGCCCCCCUGUCUUCCCCGACGACCGAUUUGUGGGGACGGUGUGCGUGCGUGCGUACGUAUGGGACCCGUCUUCAUCCCCUUAACUGGCCCUUCUUCAGUCUAAGUCGAUGCCUCGAUCGACAACGGCACACAGCUGAUCCGCAUUACCGCCUGGCACCGAGCGUUUUUUGUUCGAAACCUCCGACAGGGUGGCCACUCCUUUGUUGGUCGUUUGGAAGAUCGGUAUGGAUUUUUUUGUCAUACCCUCCGGCCUCUCUCUCUCUCUCUCUCUCUCUCUCUCUGUCUCUCGCCCCGAUCGAUCAUGGAACGAUCGUGAGAGAGACACAUGCGCUUUUCACCUCAUUUCAGGGUUCCCAUUAUUUCGAUCGGACAAUUAGAACCGCUCCCACUUCCGGCGGAUAGGUCUGGCGUGCCGUGUGUUCGAUUUGUCUGCCCGUAAGCACGUGGCUGUGUGGUAGCGCAUUUAUCGAUAAACGUUUCAGGGCAUGCCAGGUCGUCGGUAAAUUUUUACAACUAAUUUACGUUAAUUUAACAUUUCUUCAUUAUUUCUAGACAAAACAAAACCAAACCACGUUCAGAAAAUGGGGACAAAACAAAAAGGGAAACGGAAUCCUUCCGAAUCGGUCCCUACGACGAUUAGGACGAUUGUGAUGCGUCGGUAUCGUUUGACCUAACAGCAAUCAUCGACCCAAA